GUAGUCGAGCGCUGAUUGGCUGCGGCGCGGUGGUUUCCGGUGGAGCCGCUGUCGCGGAGCGGAGCCGGGCGGGGAGUGCAGCGCUGGCAGAGGCCGGCUCGUCGCCGCAUCGCACCCGCAGCCCCGCGCCCGUAGCCGCCUCGCCCCAUCCGCAGGAAACCAUGGCGACCGGCAGUAGCGCUGCCUGUGAGGAGGAGCGCAGCCUCCGGGAAUGCGAGCUGUAUGUCCAGAAGCACAACAUCCAGGCUCUGCUCAAAGAUUCUAUUGUGCAGCUGUGCACUGCUCGGCCUGAGAGACCCAUGGCGUUCCUCAGGGAGUACUUUGAGAGACUGGAGAAGGAGGAGGCAAAACAGAUUCAGAAUCUCCAGAAAGCAAGUGUCCGUGCUGACUCCCGGGAGGAUGAAAUCUCUCCUCCCCCACCCAACCCAGUGGUUAAGGGCCGCCGGCGACGGGGUGCUAUCAGCGCUGAAGUCUAUACAGAGGAAGACGCAGCAUCGUAUGUCAGAAAGGUCAUACCAAAAGAUUACAAGACAAUGGCUGCUUUGGCCAAAGCUAUUGAGAAGAAUGUGCUGUUUUCACAUCUUGAUGACAAUGAAAGAAGUGAUAUUUUUGAUGCCAUGUUUCCAGUUUCCUUUAUUGCUGGAGAGACUGUUAUUCAGCAAGGUGAUGAAGGGGAUAACUUCUAUGUGAUUGAUCAAGGAGAGAUGGAUGUUUAUGUCAACAACGAGUGGGCAACCAGUGUUGGGGAAGGAGGGAGCUUUGGAGAGCUUGCUCUGAUUUAUGGGACACCCAGAGCAGCCACUGUCAAAGCAAAGACGAACGUGAAGCUGUGGGGCAUUGACCGGGACAGCUAUCGACGAAUUCUCAUGGGAAGCACACUGAGAAAGCGGAAGAUGUACGAGGAGUUCCUUAGUAAAGUGUCGAUUUUAGAGUCUUUGGACAAGUGGGAACGUCUCACAGUAGCUGACGCCCUGGAGCCAGUCCAGUUUGAAGAUGGGCAGAAGAUUGUGGUGCAAGGAGAACCAGGGGACGAGUUCUUCAUUAUUCUAGAGGGUUCUGCUGCUGUACUACAGCGUCGUUCAGAAAAUGAAGAGUUUGUUGAAGUGGGAAGAUUGGGACCUUCUGAUUAUUUUGGUGAAAUCGCUCUGCUGAUGAAUCGUCCUCGUGCUGCCACAGUGGUUGCUCGUGGCCCUUUGAAGUGUGUUAAGCUGGACCGACCUAGAUUUGAACGUGUUCUGGGCCCGUGCUCGGAUAUCCUCAAGCGGAACAUCCAGCAGUACAACAGUUUUGUGUCCCUGUCUGUGUGAGACCCGCCUGGUGUGCCCGCCCGCCCUCCCCAGUCCGUGCUCCACUCACGCAGACUGCUUUAUUUCCCCCUUACAGCGCCACAGUGGCCACUGGUAUCGCAGCUUCUUGUCGGUUUAUAGUAAAAGUUGCUUCUGUUGCACCGUUUUUAAUUUGGAGCAUUAGCUGAAUGCUCACAACACAGUUAAAUAAAUAGAAAGAGUUCUGUGGAGACUUUGCUGUUACUGCUUCUCUCUGUGCAGUGUUAGUACUCAACCUGGGCAGUGUGUGCCAUGCUUUCUGGUGGGGACAGAUCCCUGCACCAACCAAUUACCAUAGAGUGAUGAUGUAACAGUGCAAGAUCUUUUUUUCAAGUGAUCUGAUUUUCCAGUUAUAAGCAUAUUUUAGACUGUGGCCAUAUAUGCUGUAUUUCUUUAUAGAAUAACUGAUUUAUCGUUAAGCUCUAAGGAUUAGGAAAAAUGGAUGUAUAUCUUAGUAUAGUAGAAAGACAUCUGCUUGUAUUUAAAUUAGAUUAAGGGUAGGAAAAAAAUGCCCAUUUUUGCUAAUUACAGAUGGGUGUGAUCUGUUCAGUGUUUUUUUGUUUGUUUGUUUUAAAUCCAGCUAGUUUGCCUGGUUUUGUUUUUUAACUUUAUGUUAAUGUUUCCUCUCAUGUUCUGAAAUGUCAGGUGUGGCCAUCUGCACCGGCUCACUGAAUUUGAAACCAAAUCAUAGGCUGCAUAUAUUGAGCUAAACUUACCUGCAUUUGCCUAAGUCCACAGACUGAUUAGACCUUCAGCUAGUGCCAAAUACUGAUCCUCGGAGGAUGCUGACUUGAGAUCUUAAGAAUCUGAAGGCCGCUCAGAUUCUGGGUUGUCAGUGUAGAGCUUGUGGUCACUGUGUAGAGGGCAGGUUACUCCCCCGUGUCCGGCAGAGACCGGCUCCCAGAGAUGGCGUCUCCUGGGCAGAGAGUAGCUGGGACACACGUCCUGACAGACACACGUGAAGGUGAUGGGUGCUGCUAAAGGGAGAGCUGCCAGCUGGACAGAGUUCGGCAUUGGGACUGCUGACACACUGACUGACUGGGGCAUGGUGUUUGGGAGGAAGACGUACAAAUAUAUGACCUCCUCCCUCCUUUUUCUGUCAGCUAGACUGUGGCCUGUUGGAAGUGGGGAAGGAUGUCAAUCUUAAAUUGGUGUCAAAGGCCAUUCUGCUGAAAAGUUCUGUUUUCCUAUUAGCAUUUCUUUUCCUGACACCCAUCCUCUCUUCUUUUUUUAGUAACCUUGUGUUUUGUGUCCUAAGUCUAUUUCAGUAUUUCCGAGCUUCUGCAACCUUACGUGUCACAUUAUUCCACAUGCACCAAUGAUAACCAGCUUAUCUUUAUUGUUAUUUUUUAAAACAAAACUUCAGUUCUGUAAUGUUGGCACUUUGAUUUUCAUUGUGGUUUAUAUAUAAUGAAGGGUUGUGUUUGGGAGUGACUGCAAGCUUUUUCCACUGAUGGAUAACUGGCCUUGAUUACUAACCCUUCUCUGUUCUUUCCCAGAGUUGGCUGUGGUAGAUGUUUUUCAUAGAUUCGAACAGUUUCUAGAUUGUUAGCUAAGCUUGCAGUCUGGGAAAGAAGUCUUAUUUUACAUGUUAGUGUGAGAUAGAAAGUACCUUACUACACAUUUUUUUUUUUAAUUUUUCAAAAUCUAUAUUAAAUGAGGGUUUUCGGAUCUGUUCUUUGUGGUUUUAUAUUUAAAAAUAAAAUUACGUUCUCAUUAGCUAAAAGCUUAAUUUGAUCUUUGUUUAAAUGCCAAAAUUAAAUGAGUUUAGAAUGCCACAUACUUGCACAGUUUCAUGUAUGUAUAUAACCAAGUCAAUGUAUAUUCAGACACAUUCGAUACUUUCUAAGUGCUUUUUGCGCGUAAGUCACUUGGUUCACAGUUUACUCUCUCGUUUUUAACCGAAGAAACUUGAUCUAAAAAUGAUCACGUUUAAAGCUUCUAUCUUUGUGCAACCUGAGUAUCUGUGAGAAAUUGCAAAUGGUACAAUUUGUCUUUGUUGGUAUUCGGGGCUACGAAGGCCUUACUUCUGGGCUUGCUGAGUGUGUUUGUGGGUUUGAUGCUCUGGAAGGUCUGGUCGGCCAAAGGAUCGUUUUGUAUCGUUUCAGUUACUAGUCUGAUUAUGCUGUGUGUUAAUAUGCUCAUCUUUUUGUUAUAGAUUGUCUUACUAGUAGGUCAAGUAAUAAUAAAAAAGGAUGAAAUAA